AUGGUGAAGAAAAUACAGAAAACUGCAUCUUCAAGAAAGUUUGCGUACAAGUCUUUCAGGGAUCAUGUUGACUCCAUCAAGAUUGAUCCAUUGAAAGACAUCAAGAGAAAGGCAUUCCAUGAUGCUGAAAUAUCACACUUCUUGUCAACAUUAGAACACUGGAGAGAGGUCAACUUGUCGAAAAACUUUCAAGAACUGGUAGAGGUUGUAGAACCAAUCUCUAUGACCUUACCCCAAUUGUUAUACCAUAAAGAUAAAAUUUUCAUUGCUCUAGAUAAGGCUUUAUGCUGUAAUGAUCCAUUGUCUUUACAACCAAGUUUAGAAUUACUUUCUCAGUUCUACCAUGACCUCGGACCAGAUGCUAUGGAGUAUUACAGGCGUACAUUAGAUAUCAUCAGAGAAAUAGCCUUGAACCAACAGGAUCCACAAUCGUUAGAGUUCAUCUUCAACACUCUUGCUUACAUCUUCAAAUAUCUUUCCAAGAUAUUAUCAUCUGAUUUGACUAUCACAUUCAUACCUUUAUUACCAUUAUUAACGGUCAAGCAUAAAGAUUAUGUUACAAGAUUCACUUCCGAGGCAAUUUCUUUUUUGAUAAGAAAAGCCAAGAUCUCGAACUUACAAUCAUUUUUGGAUCAUUUAUUCACAUCCACAGCCUUAACUGAGGACAAUUCUGAAAGCUAUCAUCUUGGUUUGACUGUUAUAUUUGCUGAGGCCUUCAAGAGUGCUUCAGGGGUACUACAUUCUAAGACGGGACUCAUAUUGCCUUUGCUUACAAAAGCGUGUCUGCGAAGUCCAAAGUCUACUUCUGUUUUGUCUGACAUCAUCAUGGAGCUUUUAGACUACACCGAAACAAAAGAAAACUCAAACCUAUUGUACACUACUUUGGUCAGUACCUUGAAGAAAGACUUGGCGUCGCACGAGACUCUUGAUUACAAGUAUCUUACUUCCAUUACUCAGAUUUUGCUAACUUUAUCAUUUAGUGAGUCGGGUAGACGGGUACCUGAUUGGAACAUUCUACUACAAUUCGUCGACAUAUUAUAUGAUUCUUCACUAUCAGUUGGCGAUAGCGAAGAUAUCAUGGAAGUGGAUACUAAAAAUAGCUCUGAAGAAGAGGUUCGGGACUUGAAGUUGGACUUUCUCAAUUCAAUGGCUUCUUGGUGUUCAGUCAUAAUAAGAAAUUCUGAGAUGAAUGUCCUACUCAAGUAUCAUGUAAAUAUCAUUCGAGUGAUGUCUAAGCUAGAUGACGGUUCUAUUUUCCUUCCAUUCAUUAAUACAGCGAUAGAGUUGAAUGAGGAAAGAACUGUGCAGUUUACGAAAAAUUCCAUCACCUCAUUCAUUGGUCACCACUGGCAAGAAAAUUAUAAGGAAAUUGCAUUUUUUAUGGAAAGAAUUGGGGAAAAAGGUCUGAUCAACUCGGAUUCAGGAUUCAAUGUCAUCAUCUCGUCUGACUUCAAAACGUUCAUUUUAGAUUCGUUCAAGAAUAUUCAAUCCAUCGAGCAUAAAAACGCUCUAAUAAAUAAUUAUUGGAGAUUAUUAAUUUUGAAACACUCUACCAUCACGUUCGAUCCAUCAAUGCUAAUUAAAUUUCUUUCUUUGCUUCAAAAUAGCAAUUUAGUUUCAGACUUUUUUAUCCUAGAUAUUUUUGGAGCCACCAUUGGUGCCUUAACGAAUCAGAAAUUGUCAGAUGGUCAAACUUUGCAAAUUUUGAAUUUGGCCUUCAACGAUUUUGAUAAUUUGAUAGACAGUACGCUUUUUCUCUCCAACUUUGAAAAGUUCGUCUCUUCAAUCAAAAACACGAAUACUGAAUCAAUUGAAUUUAUCAUAGAAAAUAAAGAGAGUCUCUUGUUAUCUCUAUCCAACAUUCUUAAAUCUCCAUCGCAUGAUUCAAGAGAGACUGCGCUAAAUUUAAUUAUCUCAAUAUUCACAAAGUCUGGCGACGAAAUUCCAGAUGCAAUCUUGAAAUGCCGUACAAUAGAGCAGAUUCCUUUGUCUUUUAACCAUGCUAGAGAUGUUCCUCUAAGGUUCAAAAAUCUAGCUCAAAACUAUUCAGCUGAGUCUGCAAUAACUAACAAUAUUGUUUGCAAUUUCCUCUUUGGUCAACUGAGUAACAAGUUUUCUCCUUCAUGGCAGGGUGUCCAGGAAUUUUUGGUGAAGGUGAUUAACCAAGUUUCAGAUCUCAUUUGGAAGUUAGCUCUUGAUUUCAUCUCGAUGAAUUAUAGGGUUUUGCAGGAAAAGCCAUAUCUAGAAUAUGAUUUUGGCAACUUUAAUAUUAAGAGUGACAUCUCGGAAUGGUUACCUCAAGACUCCAGGUUGUACACUAUUUUGAAUAAGUUUGAAGAAGAAACGUUUCAUAAAUACGAAAAUGUUGAUUACUCUUUAAUUGAAUUCUCUGAAUCAAAAAGGAAAUCAACUUUACAUACAGACUUUAUAAGAUAUCAAGUUAUCAAACUACUUAUCAAGAUCCCACAAGUUGCAGAGAAAAACUUUAUUGAUCUACUUCCAUUUGUGCUCAAUGAAGACGCUGAUGAUGUCGGUGAUGCUCAAUCUGGUUCUUUGUUGGAAGGUUGGAAAAUGGCUGACAGAAACGGGUUAAUUGAAUUAAUGACGCAGUUCAGCCGACUAAAAUCGGUUCCUUCUGCAGAUAAAAUCAAAGAGUUCUUACUUGUUGUUUUGAUGGAUAGGCAGACAGAAUUACAGAUACUGGCUUUGAAUUGUUUAUUGAAUUUCAAGGAUCCUGUCUACUUGAAAUACCAAAAUCAUUUGAAGAAUUUGUUAGAUGACACAUUAUUCAGAGAUGAGAUUGUAAUAUUUUUACAGGACAGUGAUAAGAAUACAAUUGAAGCUAAUGACAUUCCUGUUUUGUUGCCUUUGGUGUUAAGGAUAAUAUUUGGUAGAGCCCAAACCCAAAAAACAAAUAGUACGAAAGUUGGAAGAAAAAUGGCUGCCAUAAAGUCAUUGAACAACUUGAGUGAUACCUAUGUGACCCAAUUUUUGCAAUUGACUUUUGGCAAAUUUGAUCUAACAUCAUUUCAAGAAACUGGUACUGUAGAGAAAGGUGAAAUCAGCAAAAAGCUUUUGAAAAAUAUCAAUGGUUUUAUAAACAUGAAUAUCGAAGUCAGCGAAACAUUAGGAAAAUUACACAGUAAAUGCCUAAGUGUUCUUGUUGAGCCCUUACUUUAUGCACUAUCAGCAGUUGAGACAGCAAUAAUUGAUGCUCAGCAGAUUGAUGAUAAUGGUAUUGAAAAAGCAGCACGUCAUGGUAGAAAGUCUGGUUUCAAGCUAUUCUAUUUACUAACUCAAUUUUUGGGUGAUCAAUUUAAUUGGUUGCCAUACGGUGAAAUAGUUUACAAGAACUUGGUCCAAUCUAAGAUGGAAAAGUUCGGAGAAGAGAAUUUGAGUAGUGCCUCGUCUUUGAUGAAACUCAUGACCAAGCUUUGGUGUACACCUGAAAGACUAUUCUUUUUAUGUAUGGAUGAUUAUGCUCCUAUCAAGGCUUUGCUUUCUAUUCUACCAAAUCCAAAUGCAAAGGACUCCGUGCUGGUGCUUAUAUUACAACUCAUACAGUCAUUACUCAACUUGCCAACAAAAGAAGAAAGCGUUGUGGAGCUUUUAACAAUUGUUAUCUCAGAGUGCUUGGAUUCUUUGAUUUUGAUAUUCGAACACAGUUCAAGUAGUGAAGUCAAUUCCUUAGCUGUUCAGGUUUUGUUGUCAUUCGUAUCAAAUGACUAUGUUACCGAUAACGAUAAUAGAAAAACCUUGAUAUCUUCUUUGACUGCUGCUUUGGAAAAACCUUCUUCCCAGAUUGAGACCUCUGUCAAGGUUGAUAUCGUUAGAAUGAUUGCAACACUUGUCGAAGACUUUGAUUGCUCCUAUGAAGAAAUACUUCCAAUAUACUCCAAUAUUGCCAAACUCUACAGUACUUGUCAACAGUCAGACAUGAGAAAUGUUGUAUCAACAGUAUUUUACGGUGUUAGCAAUAGGUUUGAGGAGCUGGAAAACAUUUGCCAGCUUAUAAUUGAUUUGAAUGCUUUUGACUCGAAAAGAUUUAGAGAACCUGAUUAUGAUAGAAGGCUUCAAGCGUUCAGUAAAAUUAAUGAAGAAGAGUACAAUAAAUUGACAACUAUUGAGUGGAUUCCUAUCCUCUACACUUGUAUGUUUUUCAUCAAUGAUGAAAAUGAUCAAUCAUUGAGGUCCUCGGCUACUUACACAUUCAUAAGAUACAUUGAUGGAUUUUCCGAAAAAUCAGAACUUGAUGCCACCCCGUUUGUAGAUCAGAUGAAGAAAUUGAUCAUUCCAACAUUGCGCUCUGGAUUAAAGAGGAAAAAUGAACUUGUUAGAUCAGAGUACGUUCGUGUCCUGGAUCAUCUAGUUGGAAAUGUUAAAUACUAUCACGAGUUUGAUGACAUGAAAAUUCUUUUGAAAUAUGACGAGGAAGAUGAAGAAUCCGAUUUUUUUGAAGACAUCAUUCAUUUGCAAACUUAUAGAAGACAAAGAUCACUUAGAGCUCUUUCCAAAUUGGCUUCUCAGCUCAAAACUGAUAGUAUUGCGCACUACAUUCUUCCAAUUGUAGAACACUAUGCUUUCUGGACUGAAGAAAAAUAUAGAAAUGUUGCCAAUGAUACCAUGUCCGCUGUCAAGAAGUUGGCUCAGCACGUUUCAUGGAGGCAGUUUACAGCAAUUUUAACGAGAUAUAUCAGCAUUAUGAAUACUGCAAAGGCAAAGGAGCAAACUGAAAAAUUAAGGGAUUCUAUCUUGUUGAUUGUUGCUAUGUCUUCUGCCAUGAGAGAAUGGUCCAUUGGAACUAGUAGCAAACCUCUAGAUUACCCAAAGAUGGAGAAGAUAGACUCUUUUGUUACAUCAGAAAUAAUUCCUAAACUUCAAAAGAUAAUAUCUGUUAGAAACGAAGAAACAGUUGUUUUGAGAGUUCCUUUAUCUGAAGCGUUGAUCUCUUUAAUCAUGUGUUGUUCUCAACAAAAAAUUGAUUCUGAACUAGCUGGAUUAUUGACUGGUAUCUGUCAAAUAUUGAGAGCAAGGUCUGAAAAUUUGAGAGACUCUGUAAGAAAACAUUUAGGGAGAAUUGCAGUUUUCUUAGGACCACACUACCUUAAGUUUAUAAUUAAAGAAUUGAAGGGAGCACUAACAAGGGGUCCUCAAAUUCAUAUUUUGAGUUUCACCAUUCAUCAUUUGAUCACUCUCAUGAGCCCUUAUUUAGAGCAUGGCUCUUUAGGCGAUUCUGUCGGCAUGAUUAUGGAAUGUAUUAUGAAUGACAUUUUUGGAGAAGCUUCAGAGGAGAAAGAAGCUACGGGAUACAGCAACAAAACUAAAGAAAUCAAGCAUAACAAAAGUUAUGAUACUGGUGAGCUUAUUGCUACCAAUAUCUUUUUGAAAGAUUUUAAUCAUCUUUUGACUCCAGUGAGAUACUUACUGAACGAAAGGUUAUCCUUCAAAUCUCAAUCCAAACUGGAGCAACUCAUGAAGAGAUUCUCACAGGGUUUGAAUAAAAAUGAGGAGUCAUCUUCUACAGACAUACUCGUUUUGUGCAACGAAAUUUACAAUCAAGCUAAUGAUAUUGUAAAGUCUAGGAAAAAUCAAAAGCAAAAGGUUGUUGAUGAAAAAACUGAAAGAUUCUUAGUCCAACUUGAUCGGAGGGUACAAAAAACACAAAUGGAAUACUCCCUUUAUGUUACGACACUACAGCAAUUUGCAUUUGAUUUAUUGAAGACUGCAAUUUCCAAAAACGACAAUUUGUUCAAAGCCAGUUAUCUUUCUCCAUUUGUGCCAAUUUUGAGGUCUAGUCUUUCGUCGGAGGAUGAAGGAGUUGUUAUUUCAUCUUUGAAAGUGUUAAAUAUGCUGGUGAGAUUGGAGUUCACUUCAGAAGUCAACUCCGAGAUUAUUGGGGCCGCCAGUGAUGUAUUGAAGAUUUUACAAGACAUGCCAAACACGAACAACGAUUUAUCACAGAAUUGUUUGAGAUUUUUAAGUAAUGUUAUUCGUUUUAAGGAUGAUCUUGAAUUGAAGGACUCAGCUAUAAGCUACAUUUUGAAAAAGAUUGAGCCAGAUCUAGACUCACCAGAGAGACAAGGUACUGCGUUUGGUUUUAUCAAAAGUUUGAUGUUCAAAAAUAUCAUGAUCCCUGAAAUUUACGAUUGCAUGGACAUUGUUUCCAAGCUAAUGGUCACGAGUACAACGGCAGAAAUCAGACAAGCCGCCAGAAGUGCAUUCUACAACUUUUUGAUGGAGUAUGAUCAAAGUAGAGGUAGAUUGGAAAAGCAGUUCAAAUUAGUUAUCAACAAUUUGAAAUAUCCUGCUCAUUCUGGUCGGUUAUCUGUUUUGGAAUUCAUUCUAACGAUCGUCAGAAAGUCAUCCAAGGACUUGUUGUCGAGAUUGACUACUUCACUUUUCAUAGCCCUCGCUAAUGUGUCGGUCACUGACGACAAUCCUCGUUGUAGGGAGAGUGCCACUGAGAUUUUAGGUUUAAUGUUCCAAAGGUUAGUUGAUUCCUCCAUGAAUAUGGAUUUUGUUGAGAAGUACACCAGUGCGUGGUUGAGCCAGGAUAAGAAGGCUUUGUUGGUAAGAUGUGCUCUGAACGUUUACAAGGUUUACAUUAGCUCUGUUGGGAUUGCCAAAAGUUCCACGUUAGAUGAACUUGCUUUGAAUCGUAUCAAGAAAACACUAAAGCUCUCUAGAAGAGCCGAUGAUGAUGAUGAUGAUGACAAUGAUGAAGGAGACAAUUUUGUUUCCAACGAUGAAGCUGAAUGGCAAAUGGUGUACUCCUGUUUGAGCGUGUUUGAAACACUAUCUGGCAAAACCAAUGUGUUUGAGAGAAAGUAUAAUGAGAUCUGGAUUGACGUUAUUGGCACGAUGUUGUAUCCUCAUUCAUGGAUUAGGUUAGUAUCAUCUAGGCUCAUAUUCAAACUACUGAAAGAGAUUGUUGACAACGAGUCGAAGAGCAUCGAACUAGAAAUCGACGACGCUUCUAUCCAAACAGUCGCCUACAGGACAUUCCGUCAAUUAGGUGCUCCACGGAUUUCAGAGAAGCUAGCAUCACAAAGUAUAGCAAACCUUGUUUAUGUUUCCAAAAAGUGGGACGUGGAGAACACGAAAUUUAUAUCCUUCAACAAGCAGGAUGAUGGUGACGAAUCGGAAGAAGAAGGUAGACGUACUAAGAAACAGUUUGUGGAUGCGUUCGAUUGGGCACUAAACAGAUGUGCAUCCAUCUUGAGAAAUGAUUCAAGAGAUAUCAAUGAUAUGCUGGUUACUAAAGGUGCGAUUAUAUCAUACUGUGAGUUUUUGACAUCAUUUUUGAGCGUUGAAAAGCUAAAGGAAGCACUUUCUGAGACACUCUUGAUUCCAUUACUUCAUAUUUCGGAAUUAGAGAUAGCCGAAAAUGAAGACCAAGAAAAGGCCUUGCCGGCUCUAGCGGCAGCUUGUUUGUCCAAGUUAUCGAAAAAAGUUGGUAUCUCAGAUUACAAUGUUCUUUUGAGUAAUGCAAUGAAGGCUAUUCAACAAAGAAGGUAUGAGAGAAAGACGAAAAGAGCACAAAUGACUUUAAACAACCCUGAGCUUGCAGCAAGAAGAAAGUUGAAGAAGCAUGUCAAGGUCAGGGAAAAGCGUAAGUCUAAUAAAGACGAGAACGGGUACUAUAAACCUAAAAGAAGCCGGUUCUGA